AUGAGCCUGUCGGGCUCCCUGGCUGCCGGUCCAGCCCCUACCAAGAAAAAAUCUCACACACCCCGGAGGGCCCAGGCAGGGGAGCGCUUCCUGCUGCGCUUGGAUUUCAAGCGGGGCUGGCCAACAACAGAUCACAGCCUUCCAGUGACCCUGCCUGCCACAGCAAGCAGGCGGCCCCGGAGCCCGUUUCCCCAUUUCACGAGGCUGCCGUCACUGCCCCACGCCAGGACCUCCAGCCGCCCCCAUUUCCUCCGAUGCCUUUGCCUGCUUUCCCCUCCCUCGGUGGCCACCCCACCCCACCCCACGCCCGCCUUCCUCUUUCCACAGGGGGAGAGCAGGUUGCAGCAGUGCCAGAAGGAGGCCGAGGAGGUGACCGAGAUUAUGAUGGACAACUACAGUAAAGUGAUGGACCGGGAAGGCAAGCUGAGCGAGCUGGACGAGAGGGCCGAUGAACUUCGCAACCAGAGUGUUGCCUUCAGCAAGACCACCAAGACUGUGGCUCAGAAGAAGCGCUGGGAGAACAUGAAAUACAAGAUCAUCCUGGGAGGGGUGGCAGCAGGAGUUGUCCUCCUCCUCAUCCUGGUGAUUGUCCUUUCCCUCACCCUCCCUGGAUCUGGAAGCCAGGCAGAGUCAGCGCAGAGCCCCACGGGCGGCAACUGAGUUGCUGAUGGACAACUGCCGAGGGCUCUUCUCUUCUGGCCGUCUCUGCCUCCUGUGCUCUAUGGAUCCAGGCAGGCCGAGGGCCCUCAGGUGGCCCUCCGAAUGGACUCCCCGGACAUUUCUUGGCACCUUCGGCCGAGACCUGCUUCCCUGCCAUUCCCACUCGCUGGAUCUAUUUCUGUUUUGAAACUCUACCAGGAAGGGUGGUUUCACCAUCACUGGGGGUGUGGCUGUUGCUCCUCAGUGGAGAGACUGCGAGCUAUCUCUGGAGACCUGGGGGCAGGAGGCUGGAAACGGCACCGCUCACAGCUGUGGGCCUCGCGACAAGAGCAACGUCCAGACUGCCUUUGCGCAUCUUUCCUCACCUGGGAAGGAGUGACGUCUGUCCUCCACCUUUCCAACACUCGGCCCUGUUGCAACCCGGGCUCUGUUUCCGGAAUUUUGAAAUGUGAGAAAAGAGAGGAGUUUUUUUGGUGUGUGUUUUAUUUUUGCUGGCUGGUUGGCUUUUUUGCUACAGCCUUAGUCCUGGCAAGGGGAAAGGGGGCUGCAAUGGUGUUCUCUGGGCCUCUUGAGCUCAGGGGACUGACGUAGAGACCCACAGAGGAUCAGGCAGACACAUAGCUGGGUUGCCCUGUUAGGCAAACCAUCGCCCAGCGACUGUGGUGGCAGGAGUUUUCACCCAUCCGUUUGUGUUGAUCCCAAAUGUCUGCCUAGACACAAAGCCAUCCAUUCAAACCCCAAGCCACAUAUUGCGGGAAGCGGGAGCCUGCCGAUGCGAUGCCAUCCAGGGCAGGAAGGAGCAAAAGGCCACAGAGGGGUCAGCAGAUGCGCCCUGUCCACGUGGGCACAGCCCCCCCCAAAACACCAGCUGGUCUCGACAACAGUCCUCCCCAUCCCAGUGUGUCUCUGUCUGGACAGCUUCCGUUCCUCCUGUAACGAUGAGCAGUCUGUUGCAUAAAGGCUACUCGCUUGCUCAGCUCCUAAAACGUGCCUUAAAUGUGGGGUUGGGGGAAAAGUAUCCCAGAGUCUGUUGUGGUUUCACAUUUAAAUUCAAAUUCUGUCUUCUGGAAACAUAAAAGUGUUCGAGCAAUUUU